AGAGAUAUGUAUGUUUGAUGUUUGCUUUUUUCUUUAUUGCAAAAAGGAAAUGUCACUGGGAAUCACAGGCCGAUUGGAAUACCAUUGUGCUCAUAGAGAUUUUGUUAAUCACGUGAAGUCAUUUUCAGGAUGAGAAGCAACUUAGGGCUAUGUUAAUUUGCAAUCUGACGUUAUUACAAAGUAAAUAACCUCACUAACAUAAAAUCCGAAACGUCAGUUAUCAAUAGAAAGUUGGAGAGCAACGUCAAGAAAGAAAAUGUGUUCCUCGGAUUUAAAAAACUGGCCAAUUUUCAGGCUGCUUCUGCCGGAAUUUGUUGCAGAGAUUCAUAUGGCUGUGGUAUACGGUACAAUGGGUAACGAGGCUUUAAUCAUGACAAAAGGCAAGAUGGUGUAUGCUCUAGGCAGUAAUACUUCUGGCUGCUUAGGUACUGGCGACAUGCACAGCACAUUAUAUCCUAAAAAGAUUGAAGCUCUGUGUGAGAAAGGCAUAAAAACUUUCGCCUAUGGUAGUGGACCUCAUGUUUUAGCACUUACGGACAAGGGUGAGGUGUAUUCUUGGGGUCACAAUGGCUACUGCGAAUUGGGAAACGGCUCGACCAAUCAAGGCCUCAGCCCUACUCUGGUGAACAUAAACUUGAACGGGAAGCACAUUGUGGACAUUGCGUGUGGUAAUCAUCAUUCUCUCGCUCUCACCGAUGAUGGCGAGGUGUACGCUUGGGGCCAAAAUAAUUGCGGGCAAGUAGGUAGCGGCAUCAGUACGAACCAGGGCUCACCCAGGCUGGUGAAUUCCAACUUGGCUGGGAAGAAAGUAGUCUGCAUCACAUGCGGUCAAGCGUCCAGCAUGGCAGUCACAGAGACCGGUGAGGUUUACGGCUGGGGCUACAACGGCGUCGGGCAGCUGGGAAUUGGAAAUUACGUGAACCAGGUGAACCCAGUGAAAGUCCCUGGGUUGUUGGGUGUACGAAUAGGUAAUCGUGCUCAUCUCCUCGAAGCUCUCGCUCUUCUGAGAGUCACAGUACAUGGGCUCGUCACCGCAUUGACUAGCGAUCUCACGAUACAAGUGGAGGGGAAACCUAUUUACGUUCACAAAGCUGUUCUGAAGAUUCGCUGUCAAUAUUUCAGGGCCAUGUUACAGGAGCCUUGGGCGGAAAACAAUCAGAGCGUAAUCGAGCAUGAUCAGUUCUCAUUCGUCGUAUACAAGGCUUUCCUGAACUAUCUUUACACCGGCGAGGUCGACUUACCGCCAGAGAACGCAUUAGAGCUCUUGAAUUUAGCUAACGUGUACUUCGAGAACCAGCUCAAGCGACGCUGUAUUCAGAUGAUAAAGCAAAGGAUUACUGUGUUGAACGUGGCCUCUCUUUACAGCACCGCGAUCGAAUAUAAUGCGCAAGAGCUGGAGGAGUUCUGUUUCAAGUUCGCCUUGAACCACAUGACAGCUGUGAUACAGACAGAUAAUUUCGCUAAGUUGGAUGAAAAGACGAUGAAGGCCUUCAUCACCAAGGCCGCCAAGGCCGGCAUUUUUAAGACUUAGUUCUUGUCCGUCGUGAUCAACCAGUGACAGCGCGUUCGGACGAAAGAGAGUGUUGAUCCGCUCCUCGCUGAACCCUUGUCGCAUUCCCCGCCGCGCACUCGCGCCACACAUUCGGUAGUCGAGUAAGUCCAAGUGAAGCGAGUCGCCCGUCGCUUCCUUACCCCUGCAUUUCGCCGUUAGCAUUUGCUGCGCGAGUGUCCGGCCACUUUUUCGAAUACUAGUCUACGUUAGCGCAUAGUCCGCGUGCGCGAGACGAACGAAACGCGCACGUGAAACUCGUUCGCCGAUUUCCCUCAGUCGAGAAGAGGCUCCUCUGUAUUCCGCGAGGUGAUCCGAGAUUAUUCUCUAGAUUAUACUCUGGCUUUCGCGUUGAUGCCGAGAGAAAAGGAAGUAGUCGAUCGACAUUACGGCUGAGAAAAAUUUAGUCUCGCGCGUUGACGUUGCUGUGGUACCCCGUGAGAUCAUUCGGCCCACUUUGAAUGAUCUCUCGUGCGACAAAAAGGUACCGUAUUUUUCCGUCUGUCACAUCAUUCCUAAACGGUAGCUUAAUCACUUCGAUAUGUGCUAUUAAACGAGUCGCGUUCUUCGGUCAGCAGACGAGAUCUUCCCACGAUUUCGUUUCUAUCGGGCCGGCGGGCUCGCCGAUCCGCAUACCUUGCCGUAGCAGUGCAUGUAAUUGAACGUUAAUAAAGUUUUAUAUCACUGUCCGAUAUU